AUGGAUGGAGACCCUGCUGUUGAGAAUGAGCUCGACUCUUUCAGUCGCACUCUUCCCUUACCAUAUAGAGUUGCAUUGAUCAUCGUAUUAGGAGUCUGGGCUUGGGGCGCAAAUCUUCAUUAUCUUUCAAUUGUUAAAAUUAAUGUUCCCUCACUCAUCCAAUACCCACAACGAGCUUCUCCACGGACUGAUCCUCCGCAUCAUCUGUCUGCGUAUCGACUUGCUACUUAUCUCACAAUCCCUCUUGUCCUCUCAAUCCUCCUUUUCUGGGCACUUUCCCACCGCGACCCAGCUCUAGUAAUCUACUAUGACUUUCUUCCGAUAACUUACAUUUGUCUUCUCUUCCUCGCAUUUCUGGUUCCCUUACGCCGCGCAUCUUACUCUGGUCGUCUUCAUUUUCUCUCCGCCCUCAAGCGUGUUUCAAUUGGCGGUCUCGCUCUUCCCAAUGAAGGCAAAUUUGGCGACAUUCUCCUGGCUGAUGUUCUCACCUCCUAUGCGAAAAUUAUAGCCGACCUUUUCGUCUCUUUUUGCAUGUUCUUCACCCCUUCUGGCAGCGCAACUUCUCGGCCUGAUCGCGGUUGCGGCGGACAAUAUCUCGUCCCUAUUAUGAUCGCGAUACCCUCACUCAUUCGUUUCCGGCAAUGCAUAAUUGAAUACCUACGAGUUAAGAAUUCACGUUCAUCGACUUCUGGAUGGGGUGGUCAACAUUUAGCCAAUGCGCUCAAGUAUUCCACGGCGUUCCCUGUGAUAAUAUUCUCCGCUAUGCAGCGAAACCUCUCCGUAAAUGAAACCUCGAUAAACAUCACCACAACAACACUCUAUCGAUUCUGGCUACUAAGCGUACUCAUCAACUCUCUAUACUCUUUCUACUGGGAUGUGACUAAAGACUGGGACCUCACUCUCCUGAUUCCGUCAUCAAAAAACACAGCCUCUUACCCUCUUCGACCUCGCCUAUAUCUCCCUACACAGGAGCUCUACUACAUCGCUAUCCUUUUUGAUUUCCUCCUCCGUUUCACAUGGUCUCUCAAACUCUCUCCUCAUCUUGACCACUUUGCCGAUUUUGAAAGCGGUAUUUUCUUAUUAGAGGUAUUGGAAGUCGUUAGGAGAUGGAUGUGGAUAUUCCUGAGAGUAGAGACAGAAUGGGGACGAGAAAAGGAAAAGGGCAAUGCAAAUGGAUUGCUAGGUGGCCCAGGAGUGGACGAUGUUCUGUUAGGCGAUUAUAGGGAUGAGGAUGACUAUAGUGAUUAA